AGCAACCAAACAGGCCUUGACUUCAUCGACAAGGAUUUGGAUGCUGGCGAGUUGGGCGGCAUUGUCACAUGGCAGACACCUGUGGAUACGUCGCAGCUCGUCCACUACCGGGUGUUUUUGCUCGACAACACCGGGAACAGGUCUCAGAUCGGCGUGGAUUUGCCACCCAAUGUGCAAACAGCCACAGUGGCAGCGGACCAGCCAGCAGCAAGCACUGCAGCCGCUGUCUUCGCGAAGUCUUCCCUCUUCGAACAGACAAUCCCAGCAUCAGUCGAAAUCAGCGAUAUCGAGUCCGUGGCAACGGACCUGCAGUUCGAAGACUUGGAUCUGGACACGGAUCAGUUCGGCGGGGUGAUGAACUUCUCAGAGCCAGCCGAUGCGACUCAGGUUGCGGCCUAUUCGCUCUAUUUCGCUGCGGCAGACUUGUCCGGACGGCAGGCCGUCCACUCGGAUGUCCCUGGCACUGCAGAGCUGACCGCAACGACCAGCGACAACAUCGACCGGGCGCACUUUGAGGUUUUCCUCGUCUACACAAAGUCCACCUUUGUGGAGCAGUCUACACCGGCCGCUGCUGUGCUAAACGACACACAGGCUGCUGUCAGCAACAUCAGCUUUGUCGACAAGGCUGCCGCAACCAUGAGCCUUCACGUGAUCACCUCCACCCGAUGGCUUGUCGAGGAUCUGGAUGUGGGUGAACUUGGCGGCACGUUGACAUGGGCUUCUGAAGGUGACGACUUCGCGGUCCAGGACUACCUGGUUUAUGUCGUGCAGAACGCUGGCCGGAGUUUGGUCGGAACAUCCCCGGUUGGCAGCAACCAGUUGGCCAUUGAUCACAACUUCUCACUGCCACCGACGCAGGAGAUACACAUCUACACUCGGUCCAGGCUCUUCGAGAGCACUACACCUCAGGUGCACAACAUCAGCGACACCGAUGCCAGCGUAUCCAAUGUGCAAUUUCUGGACGAAGACUUGGACAAGUUCGAGCUUGCAGGCCCUGUGGUCUGGACCGAGCCCGCAGAUGCAGCGCAGGUGACACACUAUCGCGUUUACUUUGCCACCUCUGCUGUUGGCACGGGAAGAUCUCAGCUCGGCCAGGAUGUGCCGGCUGGGACCAACACAGCGUACGUGCCCGACAAUUUCCAGUCCUUGUCGGUGUCGCACAUCCUUCUGCAGCUUGCUCUGCGCGGGCGAGUUAUAGGGGAGGACUUGCAGUCUCACUUCAGCCCUCCUGUGCGAGUCCAUGCUUGGAAGUUGGAUCCGUGCAGCACGGAAUUGUAUUCCCAAGCCACAUCUUCCGAGUGCUGA